AUGGUUCAGGAUAAUCCUAGGGAUUGGCACAACUUGUUGUCUGAAACUCUGUGGGCUUUCCGAACAUCUAAGCGUACAGCCACAGGAACAACGCCUUUUGCAUUAACUUUCGGACACGAUGCCAUGCUACCUGUGGAAGUUAAGCUAAAGUCCCUGCGUUUUGCGGCUCAAAACGACAUGUCGGCUAAAGAUUAUACGCAGGCCAUGAUUCAGGAGCUGGAAGAGCUUGAUCAGGAGCGGAUAGACGCCUAUAACCAUUUGGAGGCACAAAAGAAAGUCGUGGCCCGCGCCUAUAAUAAACGAGUUAAGUCGAAGUCUUUCGCUGAAGAAGAGUUGGUUUGGAAGGCUGUGUUGCCUGUUGGAACCAAAGAUCGGCGUUUUGGGAAAUGGUCACCUCGAUGGGAGGGUCCAUUCUUAAUUGAUCAGUUUUUGGGAAAAGGAGCAUAUCAGCUUAGAGAUCGGGAUGGAGAACUGCACGCGAUGCCUAUCAAUGGACAAUUCCUCAAGAAAUACUACCCAACCACUUGGGAGAUGAAAGAACGAGGACUAGCUGACGAGUAA